GAGAUGGCUUCGAAGGUAACUCGACUCAGAGCCCUUGCGCUUUAUAAGGAACUCCACCGACUGGGCAGAGAUUAUGAACCUUCAUAUGACUUCCAUGGGAAGCUUAGACGCUUGUUCGAAAAAAACCGGAACCUCACUGAUGACGAGGAAAUAGAGAAAGCGCUCAGAUUUGGAGAAUAUAUCAAGAACGAAACCCUUGCCUUGUACUCGCUCCGCAAGUAUCGACACCUGAAGCGCAUGUAUCCUUCAAACUCUACGUCUGAUACUUGACAGAUCCUUAUCACCUCUUGGCGUCGGCCGAAUUCAUUCCUGGCAGCAGAUGUUGGAAGAGGAGUCUGGAAAAAUAAACUGCCGUGCCUGAUCAUUGCUGCAUUGACAGCUUCAUGAAUCAUCGUUAUCUGCUAUCGUGUCGCUCCAGCAGCUGUAUGGCUGACUGAACCAUGCAAUUUUGACUUAUCCAUUGGACUUGUUAAGGGAAGAAUGCCUUGAUGGUGCGCACUACGGACCUCGGUUUGAAAUUGUUCACAUAUAGCCGACAACGUUCACUGAACGUGUUCAGAAACUGCGCAAUGCAUUUCGAGCCACAGGUGGAAUUCUGUAAUCCAAUCAAGGUACAGUCUCAGCUUAUCACCUCUCGCCGCAUCCCUGAAGCUUCAGCUUCUUUCUUGAAGUGCAUCAAAGAG